AUGUUUAGUUAUCCUGCACUCUUGAAUUUUGAACGGUGCUUCAAAAGGAAAUCCUGUGCUUCAAAAGGAAAUCCUGGUCCAGCUGGUGCUGGAGCUGUGCUGCGUGCUGCAGAGGGAGCAUGGUAUGCUGUCUGCCGGCUUCGUGAGGGAUUGGGCACUGCAACAAAUAAUGUUGCUGAAUAUCGAGCUGUAAUAUUAGGACUGAAGCAUGCACUUAGGAAAGGGUUCAAAAAUAUCCGUGUCCAAGGAGAUUCAAAUCUUGUCUGCAUGCAGAUUCAGGGUCUAUGGAAAAUCAAAGCCCAGAAUCUGGCGGACUUGUGUAAAGAGGCCAAGGAGCUCAAGGAUAAGUUUACAUCAUUCCAGAUUCGACAUGUUCUUAGGGAAUACAAUUCCGAAGCUGAUAAACAAGCAAACCUGGCCAUUAAUCUCCGGGUUGGCCAAAUUGAAGAGGAUUGCAACAGAAAGUAAUCUGAAUCCUAGGAUAUGUUCGCUCACAUUAUGUAGUAGCAGUAGUAGUAGUGCCGUAGGCUUUCGAACUUUUAGUGAAUUAAAGGAUAAUGUUUUGAUCCUCAGCAACUGAAAGUGAAGCAUGCCAUGACGUUGAUUGCAGUCAGUUUGAUAAUGAUCUGAGUAUAUUUUUAUUUUUGCUAUUUUUUAAUAAUUAAAGUAGGUGGAAAUUUGAAAAUAGUAUUAAUAAAAAUAGGUGGAAAUUUGGCAUUC